AUGAAGGGUCGGUGGCGAAAAGACAAAAGCUCGGCGGGCUGUUCCGGCCACUCUUCUGCCUCGUCUCUCGCGUCUUCUGCGCUCUCCUCGGCCUGCGCUUCGCAAACGCUCCCGUCCGGAGAGGCGAGUACCACGCAUCUCUGGUCUAAGAGUGGGAAAGCCACUGACAGGAGUUCCUCCGAGAAACCUGGCGCCUCUGUCGCGACUUCGUCAGCCGCGGAUGUCGAGACAGCUGGGUUCUUCUCGCGACAGAGACUGGCCAAGGUCCAGGCAGAGAAAGGCGAUCGAGACCCUGAAAACGCCGGCGCGGUCUUUGCAUGCAAAUCGAUGAAGCAGAGCGAAUUUGCCCUGUGUGACGCAAGCAGCUUCUCUGGGUUCAAGAAAGCGCUCGAAGGCGGAUCGAUCUACUUGCCGAAUUUCUGCUGCGAUAAAGACGACUUUUCCAUCUUCAACAAUCUCCUGCGCGACGUGCAGAGAUACGCCGAAGAGCAGGAAUCCUCGGACGCCGCUUCUGCGCCGCCUCGAGACUCUUCCUCUUCUUCCUCUGCUUCCUCUGUCGCUGACGUUUCUUCCUCGGUUCUGCCUUUUGCAGGAACCGUGACUUGGUCUCGGCAUUUGAAGCACGAGAAUCCUUCGUUUUCGCCCACGUUUCGUCGGGUAAUCGCACAGCUGAGCAGCUACUUUGACGUCGAGGUGUAUGCGACGCGAAUGAAUCUGUACAUGAACGGGUCGCACUGGAAGCCUCUCCACAAAGACUCGCAUGCAUACUCGCCGGUGACGCACAUGCAGGAAGACUUCACGGUCGGCGCGUCGUUUGGGGCCUCGCGAGAGCUCGAGUUUGUCCACGACACGAACGAUACCUUUCGCUUCGCCUUUCCGCAACACAAUGGCGACGUCUUUGCCUUCAACUGCGAGGUGAACAAGGCCUUCAAACACGGUGUGCCUGCCGUGCAGAGCGAGACGCACGGCCUGCGGUUCAGCGUCGUUCUUUGGGGGCGUCGACGCAAACUGACAAAGCGAAACGCAGGAGUCAGCGAGUUGAGGCGCGAGGGGAUACUUCCCUGA